AUGGGGAAAUACUGGCAGAAGAAGAAGGCUGGAGAUGAUGCUCAGGAAGACGCCCAGAGUGCCAUUGUGGACCCAGUGGACCAGUUUUGUGGAAGACAAAAUCCGGUCCGAGGGCAGAGGUGGUGGGAUGGGGGAUGGUUUGGGGAUGAAAUUGCUCUCCCUGAGAUCAUCAGCCAUCAGAGUCACGAGGAGCGUGUAACCUGGAUCCCUCGCACACGCAGUUCACGACAGGAUUCACACUCCCGUGAGAAUAAAAAGUUUGUGGACCUCUGCUCUGGGCAAAGCUGUUUUGAAUUCUCAGUGUUUGCUGAGGUGCGGCAGCUGUCAGCUGCACCCCAAAUACAGGCCAGUUCCACAGAGGGAAAUCAGUCAUCCCAGGCUCUGCCACGUUCAGUCAUCUCUGAUGGUGUCAUCAAGGUGUUCAACAACAUGAAGGUGUGUAAGUCUUUGACGCCAGAGAAGGUGAAGCAGCACAAGAAGACGGUGCUCUUCUGCCUGAGCGAGGACAAGGAGAACAUCAUCCUGGGGGAAGGCAAUGAGAUCCUGGUGGGUGACAUGGGCCAGACCGUCCAUGACCCCUACACCACCUUUGUCAAGAUGCUGCCAGAUAAGAACUACCGCUAUGCCCUCUAUGACACAAUCUAUGAGACCAUGGAGAGCAAGAAGGAGGACCUGGAGUUUGUCUUCUGGGCCCCUGAAUGGGCACUCCUUACGAGCAAAAUGAUCUAUGCCAGCUCCAAAAAUGCCAUCAAGAAGAAGCUGACAGGGAUCAAGCAUGAAUUACAAGCAAACUGCUACGAGGAGGUCAAGGAUCACUGCACCCUGGCAGAGAAGCUGGGGGGCAGUGCCUUCAUCCCCCUGGAGGGCAAGCCUUUCUGAGCCCUU